UGCGCUGUUUCCGCGCCGUAAUGCCCGUUGGCCGGGAUGGGGCGUUACGCUACGGCAGUGGCGCAGUGUGCUCCUCUAGACAUCCCUGCGUUCACAUGCAGACCCCUUGGGAGAUCCUGCCCUGUUGCUAAUUGUUGAGAGCUGUCCAGAAUCCUUAUCGUUAAGAUCCUGUGGUGCUUUUGAGGUGUUGCCUUACCUGGUACGACGACAGCUCUCACCAGAAUGCUACGCAGCAACCACCAGUCAGAGGGAGUAAGGCCAGUCAUGGGAACAGAACUAUAAAGUCACUGCCAAAGGUUCUGAAACCACAAGUGAAGAAUCUGAGUUGACCGAAAAGCAGAGCAGUUUCUGUCUCCAGGCGAGACCAAGCUCCAGCCCAUCACCAGCCGAAUGCCAUGGGAAGCACAGAGCCUUCCAAGAGCUGUAGUUCAAGUGGAUGCUGAUUGAAGAACCUAAAAUGUGAGCUUGGUGCAGCAGACACUCCUUCUGGCAGGCUUGGUGUGCUACCAGCAGCUCUGCACAGAGACCAUCUAGCAUGCUCCUCAAACCGGGCCGCUCAGCUGGUGCCAACAGCAGCCGUUCGAUUCCAGGGAUGCCAGGCUGACUUCACACCGACCGGACAUUGGACCUGAAGAGCAGAAACUGUUAGAACCGACCUUCCUUUCUCCAGUGUGUUGGCAUCUUUACAGCAGCCCAUGUCGCAGCACCUCGCCUAUUCCACCCGAACUGCUCGUGCCACUGGCUUGGACCUAACCUAGGAUAAAUCUCAGCGUGGCUUGGGUAGGGGGGAACCAUGGGGAGCUCUGCCUCAUCGCUGGCUGCAGAGACGGAGUCGGACCAUGGCUUCACUAGUGCACCCUACCCAGGACACCCAGCCGUGAGCUGGUAUAGGAGUAGUCACAGUGGCCCUGUUUGGGAAAGUGCCCUUAUAACGCGGCAGCAUCAGCAUUUACACCACCGGGUGCGAAGCCACUCCCACUCUCCUGGCUCCAUGGCUGCUGUCCGCGAGUGGUCCUGCACCCGCUGCACCUUUCUGAAUCCCGUUGGCCAGCGGCAGUGCUCCAUAUGUGAAGCCCCCCGCCAGAAGCCUGACCUCAACCACAUCCUGCGGCUCAGCGUGGAGGAACAGAAAUGGGCUUGUGCCCGCUGCACCUUCAGGAACUUUCUGGGCAAGGAAACCUGUGAAGUAUGUGGCUUCACCCCAGAGCCAGGGCCCAGCGGCUCCCCCUUGCCUGUCAUCAACGGUGUCUUGCCCAAGCCCACCGUGCUUGUGGAGCCCAAGAGCACAUCCAAGGAGGAGGCUGCCAAAGCAGAAAGCAGCAGCGAGGACUCGGAGGGGAAGAGCCCUGAUGAAGCGGAGCUGGAGAGUGGCUGGGCUUGCCAGCGCUGCACGCUGCACAACACACCGGUGGCCAACUCCUGCUCUGCCUGUGGUGGCCCACGCAAGCUCUCCCUGCCCAAGAUCCCGCCAGAGGCGCUGGUCGUCCCUGAAGUCAUCACCCCUGCCGGAUUUCACAUGGCCCCUUCUAACCCACAGCCUUCAGUCUCUGCAGAGAUCUCUGAUGGUGAUGCUGUGGCCACCCAGGGCCCAGUGGCGAUGGAACAAGAGGCCCAGAAGAUACCAGCCUUCAGUCCCUUCUCCCCAGGGCUGCAAAACAACCCUGUGCCCCGAAGCCGCCGGGAGGUGCCCCCCCAGCUGCAGAUGCCAGGCCCCGAAGCCUCCCAGCCUGUGGCUCAGAGCGCAGCAGGGCAGAAGGGCUCUCCGCAGGGUCAGGCCAGGGCUGCCCCGGCUGCCCGCUUCCAGGAGCUGCUGUCCAACAAGCGGCUGAGCGUGCUGGAGGAGGAGAUGGAGGUCAGUCCGUCCCACUGGAAGUGCAGCUCCUGCUCCCUGCUUAACUCUGCCGGGGCCAGCAAAUGUGAGGCAUGCAGCACCCAGAAAGGCAGUGACACCAUCAAUCUGGUGGGGGACUCAGUGAGAUUCACUCCAUGCAGCCCCUCCAGCCCUGACUUCACCACCUGGUCCUGUUCCAAGUGCACCCUCAAGAACCCCACCCAGGCCCAGAAGUGCAAAGUCUGUGGCUCUUCCAAGCUGCAUGGCUUCCAGGAGCAUGGGACACAGGGCGAGCCAUCUCCCCGCUGCCCUGACUGCGGGGCUUGUGACAAGGGCAGCUGCUCCUCCUGCGGCGGCAGGGCCCCAUCUGCCCGCAAGGUUGCCCGCCUCUUCCCGUCCCAGCUGCCCACUGGUCAGGAGAGGCCCAGCCAGUGGGCUUGUCCCGCUUGCACCUUGCUCAACGAGCUGAAGGCCAAGCACUGCGUGGCCUGCCAUACCCCACAGCAGUACGUGGCCCAGCGCAAGGGCCUCAAGCCUCUGAAGAGACGGGAGAGCAUGCAUGUGGAGAAGAGGCGACAGACAGACGAGGGAGAGGCCAAAGCCCUGUGGGAAAACAUUGUGACCUUCUGCCGGGAGAACAAAGUCAAUUUUGUAGAUGACAGUUUCCACCCUGGGCCCAAGUCUGUGGGAUUCCCAGAAGGUGACAGCGUGCAGCAGAGGGUGAAACAGUGGCUGCGACCCCAUGAAAUCAACUGUAGCAUCUUCAAGGACCGAUCGGUGAAGUGGUCGGUGUUUCGGACACCCAGGCCCUCUGAUAUCCUGCAGGGACUGCUGGGAAACUGCUGGUUCCUGAGCGCCCUGGCCGUGCUGGCCGAGCGGCCAGAGCUGGUGGAGAGGGUGAUGAUCACGAGGACGCUGUGCCCCGAGGGUGCCUACCAGGUGCGGCUGUGCAAGGAUGGCACAUGGACCACGGUGCUGGUGGAUGACAUGCUGCCGUGCGAUGAGUGCGGGUACCUCCUCUUCUCACAGGCCCAGAGGAAGCAGUUGUGGGUCGCCCUCAUUGAGAAGGCGCUGGCCAAGCUUCAUGGUUCGUACUUUGCCCUCCAGGCAGGGCGUGCUAUUGAAGGCCUGGCUACACUAACGGGUGCCCCCUGCGAGAGCCUGAUGCUGCAGGUCAGCUCCACUAACCCUCGCGAGGAGCCCAUUGACACUGACCUCAUCUGGGCCAAAAUGCUGAGUUCUAAGGAGGCUGGGUUCCUUAUGGGCGCAUCCUGUGGCGGAGGGAACAUGAAAGUGGAUGACAUGGUCUACGAGAGUAUGGGUCUGCGUCCACGGCACGCCUACUCCAUCCUGGAUGUGCGGGAUGUCCAAGGCUUCAGGUUACUGCGGCUCCGAAACCCCUGGGGCCGCUUCUCCUGGAACGGCAGCUGGUCCGACGAGUGGCCACACUGGCCGGCUCCCUUGCGUCAUGACCUAAUGCCCCACGGCAGCAGCGAGGGUGUCUUCUGGAUGGAGUACAGCGAUUUCAUUAAGUAUUUUGACUCCGUGGAUAUCUGCAAGCUCCAUUCAGACUGGCACGAGGUGCGUGUGCAGGGCAUGUUCCCCAAUAAGGCCAACGGGCCAGUGACAGUGACAUCGCUGACGGUGUUGGAGCGUGCCGCCCUGGAGUUUGCCCUCUUCCAGGAGGGCAGCAGGCGGUCAGACAUGGUGGACAGUCACUUGCUGGAUCUAUGCAUCAUGGUUUUCCGGGCCACCUUCACCAGCGGGAACAAGCUGAGCCUGGGCCGGCUGAUGGCUCACAGCAAACGAGCUGUCAAGAAGUUCGUCAACUGCGACGUCAUGCUGGAGCCGGGCGAGUACGCUGUUGUGUGCUGUGCCUUCAACCACUGGAGCGCCGCCCUGGCAGGGCCUGCCGCCGCCCAGGCAUCCAGUCCCACCAGCAGCCGACCAGCCACUGAUUAUUCCAGCUAUAUCCUGGCCAUCUACAGCUCCCGACUGGUGAUGGUGGAGCAGGUGGAGGCACAGCCCACCACGUUGGCUGAUGCCAUCAUCCUGCUGACCGAGAACAAGGGCGAGCGCCACGAGGGCCGUGAGGGGAUGACCUGCUACUAUUUGACACACGGCUGGGCAGGUCUCAUUGUGGUGGUGGAGAACCGGCACCCCAAGUCCUACCUGCACGUCCAGUGUGACUGCACCGACAGCUUCAACGUCGUCUCCACACGUGGCAGCCUCAAAACGCAGGACAGCGUGCCCCCCCUGCACAGGCAGGUGUUGGUGAUCCUCUCCCAGCUGGAGGGUAAUGCUGGCUUCUCCAUCACCCACCGCCUGGCUCACCGCAAAGCCACCCAGGCCUUCCUCAAUGACUGGAUGUCGACGAAGGGCACCCACAACCCUCUGCUCACACCCGAGGUUGCUGGGCUCCACGGCCCACGGCCCCUAUGACAAAGCGCCUCCCCCUCCCUGCUCUGCUCCCCCGUUAUUUUCACCAAGCCUCUGGCCUGGGGUCGUUCCCCGAGCUGUCAGCGCUGAGCAGUGGGGCAGAGCUGAAGCAUCACACCCAGCACUUUGCCCCAUGCCGCGGGGCCAGGGCGAGCUCUCAGGGCCAGGAGCAGCUCUGCCCACCACCCUGGCACCACUGGCGCCCCGUGCACUUUAAUAAGGAGCAGCUGGGGGCAUGGGGCCAUCUCAGGAUCCCACCUGCCCCAUACCCGCUCUGGGGCCCAGUGCCCUCGGCCUGCCCCAGGCUUGCAGUGGGGGGCUGUGGGAGCCGUGGAGGGGGCUGGAGAUUGCUCUCAAGGCCCUUCCCAGGCACCACGCUCAGGACUCUGCUCUUUCCCGUGGUGCCAGGGCCCUGGCGCUGCAAAAAAAAGAAUAUACCUCUGAUGUCUGUCCAUCUGUGUGACCCUCCGUCUGUCCCCAGGUCCUUCCCACUGUCUUGUUCCCCCCAUUGUCCGCUGCCAGGACCAGUGUGGCACCAAGGUACUGUAGGUGGGCCGGGGAGUGCUGGGGUCACCCCGCUGUGGUGCUGCCCAUGCUGGCUGCUUAUGAUCGGGGUCCACUUUGGCGCCUGGACCCGCAUCCGCCUUGGCUGUCCUGGGUGCUGGGGCUGGGGAGGAGAGGGCGCUGGGCUAUUUUAGAAGGCUGCUGCUGCCGGGUGUUCACCAUACCUCGGGGCAAAAUGCAGAGGUGCCCUCCUCUGCUGCUGCUCCAGAGCAGGGAACAGGGUCAUGGGGUGAUGCUCGUGGGGGGGCUGUGGCAGUAGGGACCCCCUUCAACUCAUCACACAAGUGUUACUAUGCAAAGGCAGCCGCUGAAAGCAGUGCCUGGAGAGAAGCCAUGUGUUCCGAGCUGGGCUCAGUCCCCAGGGCACUGCCCUGCAGGGGUCCCCUGUCCCCAUGCCCUGUGGAGGUAAGGGGUGGAGGGCAGCAGGUGCAGACAUAGGGUUCGGGGAGAGGCUCCCCAUGGCUUUACCACAUUGCCGUGUGCCAGGGAGGAGGAGCAGACAGCCCCGUCCUUCAGAGGCCAAGCCCCAUGGAAGGUAGUGAGCACAAGGCAAAGGCUUGUAAGAGCCUUAGGGUGUUGCUGGCCCUGGCCAGUGCCCCGUGGCAGGGGCUGACCCCAUGGUUUCAGGGGAUUGUGUCUUGGUGCGGGCGUGUGUGUGUGUAAGUGUGUGUGUGUGUGUUUUGGGGGUCCCCUGGUGUUACCCUUUCCUUCCCAGGUUGCUGGGGGGGGAUGGUAGGAGAUGCUGGGCCCUGAUCCGGUAGGGACCAUGCUGGGGGGCAUCUUGCACCCCACAUCCUGCACCCAGCCAGCCUGGGCAGGGCAAAGUGCAGGCUGUGGGCUUUGCCCAGUGAGUCCCUCUGUCCUUCCCUCCCGCUCCAGGGAGCCGAGGGCUGGGCAGGGGGUGGCUGCCCUGGCACCCUCCUGGCCUCCCAGCUGGGGCUGCUGAGCCAAGCUCUGUCCGUAUUUUCGUUUGUUGAUCCGUUUUCUCUCUUCCCUUCUCCUUCCUCCUCAAGAUGAUGUGUCCUUCACUUUUUUCCUCUCUUUGUCUUUCUGAGCUGUGAAUAUUUUUAACCCUGUAAAUACUCUCCAGCUCUUAAGAAACAUAGGAUAUUUUAUCAACUGUAAAUCAGAUCAGUAAUCCCUGUAUGAUAUGAAUUAUCCAAGGGUGGUUUUCAAACUCAGGUUCUGAUGGACCAAAUAAAGUUUUGUUUUUUACUGAA